UACGAAGGGACGUACGGUUCAUAGACAAGCGGCACGUAGCCGUCACACUGUAAAUGCAAAGCUUUACCGUCUCGGACAGUGGAGUUCACGUUAUUGUUCGGAUUCCCACACAUGAAGUUACGCCCUUGUGUUAGCAGUAAUGGCUACCGCCGAGCCUAGUCUGAGGAGCUCCAACAGCGAAAAGUAGUCAGCUGGCUGCUGUGGCAGCGAUAAACAAGCCAACUUAAAAAAAAGAGAAAAAGUAAAUUAUCUCAUUUAUCUACAACAAAACGGAUGGAUGCAGUUUUUAGUUGCGCCGUGAAUGGGUUAGUAACCUCUUGUUGGUUAGUACCCUCGAAAACACGCAAAACUGCGGUUUCUAUUCCCUAACGCGCGUGGGGAAAAACCCGCACUGUGCUGAGAACAUCGUUCAGCUUUAAAGCAGCUUCGCUUCGCCGGUUAUCGUGGUUUCACAUUUCAACAUAACAGCGUUUGAACAUAUCCCAGCCUGUUAUAAUCUUGUGUGUAACCCUCACGCACACCAGCAAACCGUUACAUAAAAAUGACUUCAAUUAACCCACUUAAUAUUACUCUCAUAUACGUGGACUAGACAGACCUUUACUAAAAUAUGGCGUUCUUUGAAUAAGUUUGUAUAACUUCACCUAACGCUCAUUGAUAUUAAUGAACUGGCCGGUUUAUGUUAGAUGAAAAGAGUUAACAAUAAAGUAAUAUUUCUAAAUUAGUUUGGCUGGUGGAGUAAAAUGACUUCAACUAAUGUCAGCUGCAGUGAUUCCCAAAGCGUGGGCCAUGAAGGUGAAGUUAGUACAGGUGGGCCUUAAGAAGUCACAAGAAAUAAGAAGAAACUAGUUUCUGUUGUGUAAUUUAGUUUUAAAUUGCAUCAUUUACAUGGAAACAAAGCCUCAGAAAUAAUAGCAGGAUUUUUUUAAAAGUGCCUUUUGGUGAAUGGUUUCCCACUAACAUCCAAACUAUUACUGGACAAACCAGCAACCGAAACACCACUUAACAGUUUAAAGAUCAGUGGGAUAAAAAGGAGAAUCCCCAGGAAUAUUGGAUAGGGCUAAACCUCAGCUUCUUUUUUAUGCUCAUAGCGUUUACACAUUAAGGAAGUUGGAAGUUGCAUCCAAAUAAAACACUGCAUGUGCUUGAUGUGCUAAAGGCCUCUCAGCUUUAGUGUCCCACCCUGUCCCACACAAACAUGCACUUAGUCCCACAUUCAGGAUUUGGUCAUACACAGUACAUCACCCACAGUAAAGUUUGGAAAAAGCAAGAGAAGCUGAAUGUAAUAACUUAUAACUUCUUUUAGUAGCAUCAAACUCCAUCAGGCGUUUCCUGUUCUCCGGGUGCAUUUUAUGGAAGGAAAAAUGAAGCGUCCACAGUUCCUGUCAAAAAAAAGAUGAACAAACUCCUAGAUAGCUGUUGCGCAAAAGUGGCCCCCUCCCUCUAGUCUACUCGAAUGAGUGUGUGAUGGCGACCACUGAUGAGGUCACUGUGUCCAUGGGAGAGGUGGUGAUGGUGAAGGCGGACGGCGGUGAAGGUGACCCUGAUGACCCUAAUAAGACUCAGGUCAUCCUCCAGCUCCAGCCAAUCACCACUGGAGAUGAGUCUGCUGAAACAGAUGCAGCUGUCAUGGCUGUUGAAUCUCAUCCAGAGCAAACUGAGGGAGACGACGUUGAGAUUGGCUGUCCUAUAACGUGUGGUGACUGUAAAGCUGUGCUGCUAGUGAAGAAGUUUGUGUGCCCAGGAAUCAAUGUGAAAUGUGUGAAGUAUGAAGACCAGCUGAUCAGUCCCAAGCAGUUUGUGCACAUUUCUGGAAAAGCCACUCUGAAAGACUGGAAAAGAGCCAUCAGGAUGGGAGGAGUCAUGCUGAGAAAAAUGAUGGAUUCCGGUCAGCUGGACUUCUACCAGCACAGCACGCUGUGCACCAACACGUGUCGCAGCACCAAGUUUGACCUUUUAAUCAACAACACGCGCUUCCCUCCAGAUGGCACUGGCCUUACCACACCCACAUCCUCCCAAGCUCAGGUGGUCCUGGGUAAUGGCGGGGCAGCCGGAGAAGACAGAGCCGAGGUCCUGAGCGGGAAGUCGGACUGGAGCUUGAGUUCACUGGAGUCUGUAGACAAGAAGGGAUCUACUGAGAUCUCAGAGGACACACUGAACUUUUGGAAGGGCAUUGCUGAUGUGGGUUUGUUGGGUGAAGUUGUGACCAACAUCAACACAGAGCUCAUGGAGCUCUUAAACAACGUGCAGCAGCGCAUGGAUUCAACCACCCUACAGGAAACAGAUUCCUGUCUGGUAGAGGUGGCGGUGCUCAGUAACCUUGCCCAGGUCUUCGAUCUGCUUGACUUGGUCAAGAAGAUUGUGGAGAAGAGGAAGCAGCAGACGGAUCCCAGUCAGGAGCAGAUCCUCAGCAUGCUUACCAAUCUGGAGGUGCAGCUGGAAGAACAGAAGAAGCAGCAGCAAAUACGAAAUCUUCUCACCUGCCCACAGCCUGCCAAAAACAAAACUCCCACCAAGCGCCCAACCAAGCGGCCUCGGCUCCAGAGGCCCGCCUCCACCACCACUCUCCUGACCUCCUCUAUAAACCAGCAGGCCACUCUGCAGCCCCAGCAGUUCACCGUUCUUUCCCCCAUCUCGCUGUCCUCUGUGGGGCAGCAGUUCACCGUGGCAGGCUUGCCCAUUGCCUCACUGUCCCAGUCUUCCAAUACAGUCACAUUGCUCCCUGCCGGCUCGCAGCUUUUCACCCGUUACAUGGUGGCCGGAGACGGCAAGACAGAAACCAUCACCUUGCAUCCGUCUUCAGGCCUGACGCUGGUUGGCACCACCGCUCUGCAGGACUCCAGCCAACUGGGCACAGUGGUGAGCCCCAUGGAGCUGGUGCAGCUGAGCCAGCAGGCUAGUGGUACAGAGGUGGUGCCCAUAGAAGGCCAGGUGGUAGACGGCACAAUGCUGGUGCAGCAGGAGGUGAUGCAGGGCGAGGUGGAGGCCAGCCAGGAGCACACGGUCAUCGAGAUCAACCCGGCUCCUGUGGACCAGGCAGUGGGAGUGAUGGAGCUCCAGCUGACCGGGGAGUCAGGCAGAGAUGGGGCCACCAUGGUGGUCCAGAGUGGCAUGGAAAUGACCAUGGCAGCAGAGGCGGAUGAGGAGACUCAGCACCAAAUGCAGGAGGCACACACUGAAGGGGUUCAGGAGGUGCAACUGGAUGCCAGCGGACAGUUGUCACAUGUACAGAUAGUGGUCAUAGGAGAAAACACUCAGGAAGAAAACAAGGUCAAAUAAGACACAACCAUCUUUAUCUAGCACAGCAGGUAUGAACUCAUGGACUGAGCCAUCACGGACUCAUCAAACUGUAAAUACUCCGGAUUUCCAAAUUCACAAAUUGCUUUGGCCUAAGACCAAGCACUAGGGUAGCCAUUUUCCCUUUUUUUUGUGUUUUGUACAUGUUCUUCUCAGCUUGCCAUUUUUUAUUGACGCAAAAAGGGAUCUGCAAUAUACAAAAUGCUUCAGGUUUUUUUUUUUGCAGUUGAAAGUUCGAGCUUAUAAUGACCGGUGUCUAAUUUUUGUAGUUUUGGCCAUUAUUUCUGUUUUUUUGAUAUUAACUCUGUACUCACCAAAGUAACUGCUGCUGAAACCUGGGAACGCAGGGACUGUGACUGCAAAACAAAACUCCUACUUUUCAAAAUCCUCUUAAUUUUUUUGUAAUAACCUUGAAAUUAAGGCUGCUGAUUUUGAACGUUGGUAUUCUGUUUGGAUUCUGUUGGAGAAACAGAUAAAUGCAUUUAAAGGCUUAACACAAUAAAACAUGACACCUGCAUGUGUUUGACCGGUCAGUGCAGCAGCUGUGUCGGAUGAUGGUGAAAUGCAGCAAAAGCUGAGUCAAAUUGUCAUUUUCAUUUUGAUAGUGAUGUCUGUGUAGUUUGGGAAAGCACAUACUGUCCUUGCAGUGCCAACUGCCACUAAAUAUUAGGCUUUUUUUAAAAUUUUGCGGUGUACAUAUUUUCACACUCUUUGUAAUGUAAUCCACACCAUCGGUCCUGUUUACAUCAGAACGUGUCACACACUUUGUUCUUUUUUUUUCUGUGCACUUAUCAGUCCAGACAGACACAGUAAAAUAUCCAUCAAACAUUGUUUUUCUCAGUAUUAAAAAAAAGAAAAAGAAAAAAAAAAGGGGGGGGGGGGCCCAAAGUUAUGUAUAGUUUGAAUUAUUUGACUAAAAGCUGAAUAUUUCAGUUCUGAUUAGGUUUUCGCAAAAAAUACUUGGAUGUUUUACUUGAAAACUAGCUAAAACUGUAAAUAUAUUUGUAAUAUUUAAUUUUUUUUUUGCUGAUGGAUUUAUCCUGGCAGCUCUAAUAAUAAUAGAAAAUAAUGGCCAAAAGUAUGAAAAUGGGACCAAAGUCUUUAUGAACCAUAAUUUUACUUUACACCUCUGUGAACAGCACGAGGUCAAGCGAAAGCACUGUAACUGUAAAGUCACUGUGCAGGGCUUUAGAAAUGGUGCUGAUGAUCUGUCAGAGCAGGCAGCGGCAGGCUGGAAGUCUCUGCUGCCCGUCAGACUCGUUACCAGUAGCAGUGUUGGCGUCACCUGAGGCUGGGAGGAAUUGCACUGUCUUUUGCGUGGUAGUUUUGCAAGCUGUUUUUGUUUUUGCACUGUGUGACGUCCUCGCGGGACUACAGGAGGAUGUUGGCAGUUGAUGCUCUCGCAACACUUCAGUGGAAACAGACUGAAUUUCCCGGAGCUGUAUCAUUUAUCCACAUACUGUAUUCUCACUAUGUUUCAUACUGCCUGAUAGAUUUUCUCCACUGUUCAUUUAUUGUGAGCACCUGUUGCUUUUUCUCAGUAUCUUAGAUAGUGUGAGCUGCUGGGCUGAUUGUUUAACUGAGGAUUUAAAAGAACAUAAUGUACUCAAUGUCAGACUUGCUUGUAUUUUACACUUGUCAAGUAGUAUUUUAUUUAUUAGUUUUCAAACCUGAAGAAAUGGGCUUCUCUGUUUAAGGUGCAAUCAUGGGUUCAUUUGAGCUCUUGGUUAAAGCUCACACCAACAAAGACCCGUUCGAGACUCGUGCUUUUCAAAUAAUUUAAUUUAACAGAGAGAUGAGAGUAUUUGCAUACUGACUUUGUAAUGUGUUUUAAUAUCAGAUUAAA